AGCAGUGGGUCUGGCCAUAGGGAUUAUUGUAUUUGUGACAUUCGUGAAGUGCGUAUAUAUAUAUACAUAAAAAGUGAAAAAUGACUGGUCGUGGUAAAGGUGGCAAAGGCUUGGGUAAAGGAGGUGCAAAGCGUCAUCGCAAAGUGUUGCGUGAUAAUAUCCAGGGUAUCACGAAGCCAGCUAUCCGUCGUUUAGCUCGUCGUGGUGGCGUGAAGCGAAUUUCUGGACUAAUCUAUGAAGAAACCCGUGGCGUUCUUAAGGUCUUUUUGGAAAAUGUUAUUCGCGAUGCUGUCACAUACACCGAACAUGCCAAGAGGAAGACAGUCACAGCCAUGGAUGUUGUCUAUGCAUUGAAGAGGCAAGGUCGUACACUGUACGGUUUUGGCGGUUAAGAAAAAACGAGUACAACUAGCAACUUAUUUUCACAACAAUCGGUCCUUUUCAGGACCAC